GGGGCUUUUAAGCGCGUGACCCACGAUCCUCCUCCGCCGCCGCCUCCUCCUCUUCGCCCUGCCGGCGUCCCCAGGCAAAGCUGAGCCUCCGGCAAUGAAGAGCAAGGGCGGCCGGCUCGGAAGCGACGGAAAGGCCCGGACUUCCUCUCGCCUCUUUUCCCCCCCACUGAUUGGCUCGGCCGGAUUAUGAAAUCCUAGAAAUGGGAGGCUGCUCGCCGCCUUUGCCGCAAAAAAAGGUCGCCCGGUUUAAAAAGAACCCAGCGCUGGACUGAGGACUAGAAGGGGAGGCUUCGGCGCCGGAGCGAUGAAGUCGGCCGUGGUGCUGCUUGCCGGGUGGCUGGCGCUGACCGCCUAUUACGUCUACCUGCCGCUCCCCAGCACCGUCUCCGAGCCUUGGCAUCUCUUGAUGCUAAAUGCGAUGUUCCGGGUCGUGCAGCAAUCGUGUGACUUUGCUCAUUACAUAGGACUGGGCCACCAUGCAAAAUUGCUAAAUAGUUUUAUUAAUUGGCUGGAAAGCCUGACUAUGCCCUCUGCACGGCCUGUGAAGAUAACAGAUGCCAUAUUUGAUGGUGUUGAGGUCCGAGUGUAUCAGCCAGAUACUCAGAUCAACCAGAAGACGUUAUAUCGCAGCAUCAUCUACAUCCAUGGAGGAGGAUGGGCUUUGUUAAGUACAAAACGAGGCUUCUAUAAUCAUUUCUGUGAGAUUGUGGCCGAAUCUCUGGAUGCUGUAGUUUUCUCAAUUGAUUACAGGUUAGUACCAGAUUUCCACUUCCCGGCGCAGUUUGAUGAUGUCCUCCGGGCCACCAAACAUGUGCUGCUGCCAGAUGUCCUAGCUCAAUAUUCUGUUGAUCCCGCCAGAAUUGCAAUUUCCGGUGAUAGCGCAGGAGGCAACCUGGCUGCUGCCGUGUGCCAAGAGAUAAGUCAAGAGGAGAACAUAACCAAUAGAUUUAAACUUCAGGCCCUCAUCUAUCCCGCCCUUCAAUCUUUUGAUUUUAAUACUCCUUCAUAUCAACAGAACAAACUCGGCCCAAUCUUAACACGUCCGGUGAUGGUGGAAUUCUGGGUAGAGUAUUUCAAUGGAAGUUAUGAUUUUGUCCAGUCCAUGUUGAUGAACAAUCAUACCUCUCUAGACGUGAGCGAGGCCAAUUCCUUCAGAGAUAAAUUAGACUGGACUUUCCUUCUGCCUUCAAGAUUCAGGAAGAAUUACAAACCCAUAACUCCUACCACAGGAAAACCUGAAAUCGUCCAGAAGAUGCCUGGCCUAUUCGAUGUCCGUGCAGGUCCGCUUCUGGCUGAAAAAGAGCUUUUACGCCUGCAGCCCAAAACCUAUAUUAUGACUUGUGAGACCGAUAUUCUGAGAGAUGAUGGUCUCAUGUACGCCAAGCGGCUAGAGAAAGCUGGCGUGGACGUCACCAUUGACCACUUUGAAGACUGUUUUCAUGGCUGCAUGGUCUUCACCGUUUGGCCACUUAAUUUUGCUGCAGGGUUUCAAACCAGAGACAGCUAUCUCAAGUGGCUGAACGAAAACUUGUAAACAGAGAAAGGUCGGUCUCCAGAAAAGCAAUUCAUGCCACUCAUUUGAAGACAUCGCUAGAGAACUUCCAGUACAGAAUAGCAUGCUUCCCCUGUGCAUCUUUCGUGACACAUAAUUUAUGGAGAAAAAGUCUUGUGUAAUCUCCAGAUCCAAUUCGAAAUAUAUUUGCAAGGAAAUAAAUCUGGUCUUAAUGGAGGCAGUAGAAAAAGGUAGCUAAAUAAUCCAUACCCCUGCACACUGCAAGACAAAAAUGAUAUCUGUGAAUAUAGUUUUAUAUAAAAGUUUCUUCAAGAACACUGAGAAAUCAGUGAAAAAAACAGCCAGUCUUAAUCUUGAUUUCCUAUACUGAUUUUCUACAUACAAGAAGAGUUUCUUCUCCCUAUGGGUCUUCAUGUGGAAUGGGGCAAAGGUGCCACAUGUAUGACAUCAUUGCACACUUUUAUCAGACCUCAGAAUGCCAGUGGAUCCAUCAGAAUGUCAAAGUUAUAUUUCACUGCAAAUGUCACUGCUUCAUACACACACACACACACGCACACAAAAUGUAGGGAAGGCAUAGCAAUAGCACUUAGACCUAUAUACCGCUUCACAGUGCUUUACAGCCAUCUCUAAGCGGUUUACAGAGUCAGCAUAUUGGGUCCUCAUUUUACCCGCCUCGGAAGGCUGAGUCAAACUUGAGCCCGGUGAGAUUCGAGCUGCCAAAUUUCAGGCAGCCGGCAGUCAGCAGAAGCAGCCUGCAGUACUGCACUCUAACCACUGCGCCACAUAGCUCAUGGUUAGAGGAUAUGUUUUGAGUGCAGAAGGAACCAAAUCCAUUCCAUCUCUAGAAGUGUGCAGAAUUAUCCAUUCUUAGCAAUAAAAAAAUUACUGAAAGUGUUCUGUUUCUUAUCCAUCCUAGUAGAAAUGGUCCAGUUUUUUAAAAAAAGGUUCUUUUGGGGCUGGAUCGUUGUGACCUUGGAACAUUUUGCAUAUCUUUUAAUUCCCAGCAUCUCUGGGGAAACGAAAUGGCCUGUAACUUUAGAAACGUACUAUUCAUUCUCUCAUUUAGGUUACUUCUAAAGGGGACUAGACAAGAGUCCUAGAGGACAGCAAUGUGUGUGGUAAUUAAUAGUCUAUGCAGUGGAGUCUCUACCGAUCAGAUUCAUAGGAACAACUUUGGGACAGGAAGCUGUCAUAAUCUGUGGACUUGCUAAAGCUUCUAAUGGGCCACUAGGAGUUGAAUACUACUAAAUGGCUGUGCUGUCCCACCCCAACACACAGCCUGAGUUCUACAGGUGUUUAUUUAAAACCCCCAACUGGUACUCAGAAAACACCCCCAUUGCACAAAUCCCAAGUACAGCACGGCACUGUGGCUCAGACUGCUAAUGCAGUCUGUUAUUAACAGCAGCUGCCUGCAAUUACUGCAGGUUCUAGUCCUACCAGGCCCAAGGUUGACUCAGCCUUCCAUCCUUUAUAAGGUAGGUAAAAUGAGGACCCAGAUUGUUGGGGGCAAUAUGUUGACUUUGUACGUAAAUAUACAAAUAGGAUGAAGACUAUUGCUUAACACAGUGUAAGCCACCCUGAGUCUUCGGAGAAGGGCGGGAUAUAAAUGCAAAUUUAAAAAAAAAAGCGUCACUAGGUAACUGAGUCCAACAGGCACAAAAACAAAGUCCAGGAAAGCAGCCCACAAUUCAAACAGGUCAGGAUACACAACACAAGGCAUAGAACUGGGCAACACUCAAGUCCUAAGGUUGGGAUUAAGUAGGCAACGCCAGUGCAGCCCUUCAUGAGAGGCAAGGUUGUCUCCUCAUGAGUAGUAUAGCUGACCAACAUUGUGCCUAUCUCCUCCCUGCUCUAUGUGUUCUUGGAUCAGGAGAAGAUGUGGACUCUACCUCCUCAUUGCUAAUGGACAGCAGCUGGUCCUGGUCCUGGCCUGGAAUCUCCUGGCCAACUUGCUGCAGCUGUGGCUUGGUUCUUUCAGCCUCAGCCUGUCACUCCUCAUUUAUUCAGAGUAGGUCUUAAGUGUGCAUGCAAAAUAAUUAAUAGCAACAGCACUUGCUUAUGGGAGAAACAAUUGCCAAAUUGGCUUGAUGCUUCUGUCACUAUUCCAGAAGCUCUCUUCUGGGCAAGUUAGCACAUUUUCCAGUAAGUGUCAACCACUAACAAGUAGAUGGACUCUCAGUUUUUGGCAGAAACACCACUCACGAGCAGAUGGAUUUCUAACCACUAGCAGUCAUUUGAAAUAAGUCACUAGCGAGGGUUGGUGCCAAGUCAAUAGGUCUGAGGCAGGAAUGUGGUCUAGGCCAGGAGUGCUAGAGCAUGUCCUACAGAGCCAUGGUGACCUCUGAUGGGGUGAUGAUAUCCAGAAUGGACUACAACAUUAUAGGUGAUCGUGCAGGUGUUUCAUGAUUGAUGAAUCAUGGGUCUUGAAGACUGAUGACCAGUAGCUGUUCAACUUUAAUGGGACAGGAGUGAGGCCACCGUACAUGUUUCUCCAAUGCCCUUAGAGUAUGACUGACUGGGGGAUUCUGGGAGUUGAUGUUCACACAUCUUAAAGUUGCCAAGAUUGAGAAACUAAUCUGAUUUUUAAAAAACUAUCAGUGAUGGCAGGGAACUGGACAGCAGCAAAAAAGAUCUUUGCAAGGAAUAUGUUGAGCACACCAGGGGUCAAUGCACUGAGUGAAAGGGGCUGUGUUUUGGUGUUGGUUGCCUGCAAAUCGUUUUUUUUAUGUCAAGACUAAUGCAAGCAGCUUGCUCCUUAUAGGAUUUGGCAGCCCUUCUAGAAGCUAUAGCUGUUAUGUUUGCCUUUCUUCUAUGAGAUUACAUAUUGAUCCAAGAGUUGUCUUUGUGCAAGUUUUUUCAAAACGCAAGUUUUUUGCGUUGCUGUACAAAUAUGUUGCAAACUAAGUGGGCACUCUUCUCAGUCCCACGUAAUAAGGCACUUUAGAGCAGGGGUGUCAAACUGGCGGCCCACAGGCUGGAUGCAUCAUGUGCAGGCCACGCCCCACUGCAGCUCCACCAAGGGGGAAAAGUCGCUAAAGUCACGUGAUGGCAAUGUGACGCCGCGAGUUUGACACCCGUGCUUUAGGGUGAUCAUAUCUAUAGUCAGUUGCAGAAGCAAAUAUCUUGGUGUUUUUUUUUUAAGGCAACCAGUGAUUGGUUCUUCGGUUGAACAAUGUAAUGUGCUUAGUCAAAAGAAAUGUGCUUAGUCAAAUGUGCUUAAUCAAAGGAAAGCAGGAAGUAUAGCAACAUAAGGGCUAGCCAUUGCCCAACCACAUAUUCUCUAAGCAACUAGUCCUGUGGCAAAAUAUAAAUUACAUUAACUCCUUCCCUUCUCCAAAAAAGAGGAGAUGUGAGGAGCAAAGCAUUGUCUGAUGAAACCAGAGAGUGGUCCAUAACUUAAUUUCCAAAUUGAAAUAAAAAUCAUGAAGUUAUAUGCAUGAAUACCAAAUCCCUUGCUUGGGAUGAGGCCAGAGGUAGUAUUCAGACGCUUUUUACCGGUUCAGGCGAACCGGUAGUGGAAAUCGCAGGUGGGCCCACCUACCCGUCCCGGCUCUAUGGUUUAGUUUUCAAGGCUGGGCGCAAGCACGGAAGGGGCACAAGCGAGCAAAGUGCAUGCAUGGAAGACUGGGCGCAUGCGUGGUGGUGGGCAUGCAAAGCAAGUGUGCGCACAAGUGGCGAACUGGUGGUAAGAAUAUUAGAAACCCACCACUGGAUGAGGCCUAUAUUAUAGGUUCAUGCUUGCUAAGCCUCCUCAUGAUAUUUCUGCUCUGGCCUAAGUCAGUUGUCAGCUUUGGAAGCCAUACUAGGCCGGAAGCUUCCACGCUGCCACUUUCUCAUGUGUGGGAAAGUAGGAGGGGGGAUUUAGUAGAGGGGCACAUUAGACAUAAUAACAUUCUUCCUACUAAUUGUAUAUAACUGUACAUUGGAUGAAUUAUUUGAUAAGAUUGUAAAAAUAAAACUUUUUUAUAAAAAAAAUAAAAUAAAUAACAUUCUUCCUGCCGGUCAAGGUCAGGUCAGUCCUGCAUCUGGAGAAGGAGUGGUGUCUCGAGAUGGGACGGUUGGCCAUUGGAGCAUGUGAUCGGCAGAGGGGUCAGGGGGAUGGUUUUGGAGUUUGUUUUACUGAAGGAAAACCCAGAUCAGAUACCUUGAUGAACGUAUCUUUUCUUUUAUGUACACUGAGAGCAUAUGCACCAAGACAAAUUCCUUGUGUGUCCAAUCACACUUGGCCAAUAAAAAUUCUAUUCUAUUCUAUUCUAUCUCUCAGAUUCGGAUUUUCCCCAGAUGUGCCAGUUUACCUAUCCUAGUAAAAGAACUUUGAAAGAUGCAUGCUUCGGAGUUUUUACUUGGAGAGGGGGUUUUCUGGAACGCUGACAUUAAUCCGAAUCCAAAACCCUUUGGUUUCUAGUACAAGUAGUCCUUGACUUAAGACUACGCAUUUAGCGACUGCUUGAAAUUACAGUGGUGCUAAACAAAACGACCUACUUCGAUCACAAUUCAAGUCUCGGCAACUGGCAUGUAAUUACAAUUAUUACAGCUGAGAUUAUGGGAUCACCAUCUGUGACCUUCCUGACAAGCAAAGUAAGCAGCAGAAGCCAGAUUCACUUAAAAACCAUGCGAUUCACUUAUCAACCAUGGGGGGGAAAAACCACAUCGUAACACUGAGUGUGAUUCACUAAACGACCACAUUACUUAGUGAUGGAAGUUGUAGUCUAGCUGUAAGUGAAGUUCUAGCUGUAAGUGAAGGACUACUUGAAAUGGGACAAAAAAUGUUAGACAUAUAGUUUGUAGUCUGCCUGUGUAUACUUACCGAUGUCUCAUCUUUUGUAAAGUCUAUCAGCAUCCUGCCGUGGGAAUAAGAAUGCUGGGGCUCCUUGGUUGAUGGGUUCAUGGUGUUCUGAGCUUGGUUGUUUCCUUGCAGACGUUUCAUUACCCAAACUAGGUAAUACCAUCAGUUCUAGUAAGGAGUGGGUUUUGUUCUCACUUUAUAUUAUAUUGACUUGCUCAGUGAGUGUUGGUGAGGAUGGUUUUAGAGGUUCUUUGGUUGGGCUGUUUACUGUUAGCUUCUUUGGCAGUUCCUUGUAUUUUGAAAUACUGUAUUUAGCUGUUACAAAGCUCUUCAUUUCUUUUGCCAGUAGGUGGCAUAGCUGGAAACAACAGCUGACUCCAUGAAGCUGGGUUUUUUUUUUUUUUUUGGUAAACUAGGAAGCUCUUCAAAUGCGAAGUCUUCAAUUCUAAAAUUAAAAUGUGUUUGUCUAGGAAAUUCAGAGUUAACCGCAGCUUCAAUCUGCUUGUUUUUCACAAGAAGCAAUCUUUAAAAGAGUUCAAGGCAAACUGAUAACUGCUGGAAAUAAACAUUUCAGAUUGGAAAUUUUGUUUACAAUGCUUUCCUUUCUUCUUUCUUUCUUUCUUUCUUUUUCUUUCUUUCUUUCUUUCUUUCUUUCUUUCUUUCUUUCUUUCUUUCUUUCUUUCUUUCUUUCAUUCGUUCGUUCUUUCUUUUGUCUGACCUAAGCAUAGUACAUAAAAUCAUCUGCUACAAUGUCCUACCAGCCAAUGAAUACUUCAGCUUCAACCAAAACAAUACAAGAGCACACAAACCGAUCCAAACUAGACUGCAGAAAAUAUGACUUCAGUAAUAGAGUUGUCAACACCUGGAAUGCACUACCUGACUCGGUGGUUUCUUCCCCAAAUCCCCAAAACUUUAACUUUAGACUGUCUACUGUAGACCUCACCCCAUUCCUAAGAGGUCUGUAAGGGGCGUGCAUAAGCACACCAGUGUGCCUACCGUCCCCGUCCUAAUGUUUUCUUUUAUUCAUAUUCUUUACAUGUAUUUAUAAUUAUGUUUACACUUGUAUCUGUCAUAAAAUACAUGCUUGACGAAAUAAAUAAAUAAAAUUUCAGAUUGGAAA